UGACGCGAGCCGGGCGGGGCAGGGGGAGCGACCUGCACCGGCUCGGGACUCGGGCGCACUGACUGGAGGGCUGAAGUUGCUGGCAGAGCUUUAAAUCAUAAGCCUGAAAUGAAAUGGAGGGGAAACCAGCAAACAGUUGACCUGUCCACCUUCUCUGCCUUAGGACUGACAUCUUAAAAUUGUUUCAGACAGGUGUGCAGCUGUAUAAUGCCCACAUGAUGGAGAAAGAAUUAGAAGCUGAGAUCCACCCUUUGAAGGCUGAUGAAAGAAAAUCUCAGGGGAAUUUGGAAAGUGGAAUUGAAAAGGAUGGUUCCUUUAAGAAAACAUCUCGUCAUUCCCGGUUUGCCCAGUGCCGCACAGUCAUUUUUUUCUUUUCAUUAUUUAUCUGUCUCUUUGUGGUAUUCAUCAUCUCAUUCAUCAUCCCAUGUCCAGAUAAGUCUAUAUCCCAAAAAAUGUGGAGAAUAAAUUAUAACGCAGCAGUAACUUAUGACUUCAUGACAUUUAAAGAUAUAAGCGAAGACACAAUUCAAGAUAUUCUAUUUCUUUAUAAAGAAGACAGCAAUGGUGACAGCAGCAAUUCUAACAAUUCCUGCACAAAUCAAGGCUUUUCCACCCCAUGUGUUUAUCUUGCUGCUCUGUCAGGCACCAAUGGCAGCGUACUCUGGGAGAGACCUGUUGCUCAAGAUGUUGCCUACAUGGAGUGUGUUGAUCGCCACAUGAUGGAAGGGCCACCCUCAGGCUGCUUCAUUGUAGGGAAGCAGCAUUCUUUCCUUGCAGUUGAUUCUUCUAUAGGGGAAAUAAUGUGGAAUCAGCCUUGGCCCUUUGGAGAUAAUGACUCAGUACUGACUCCCUUCCUGACUAUUCCUGAUUUGACUGGCAAUGAGAUUCAAGACCUGCUAAUCUUCACCAAGUCAGGGAGACGGAUUAAAACUUACCUCUUUUCAAGCAAUACUGGUGACCAGGUUGGUUCCUUGAGUUACCUAAAUCUAGAAGGAGAAGUUGGUUAUCUCAUGCAUAUCACAUACACCGGAGCCUACUACAUUCUUUUUCAUUCUGCAUCUUAUAUCUAUGCAUACCCUCUGAAGGAUCUUUAUGAGGAAAUGACUGGAGGAAAAGAUUUAUUUAUGGAAGAUAAUUACUGGCAGAAAAUGAUUGACAAUAUUACCCACAGAAUACUUCCUUUCAGCUCGGGAACCAUCCGCUACCUGAUAAAUGUUCCAGUGCUUAAGAAGAAAGACAUACUCCUUGUGAAAACGGAUAGAUGUGAGCUAUUCGAUGGGCAGAUGUUUUCUUUGCAGUGGACCCUCAAUGCAUCUGAAGUUGUGAGAAAACCAGUCCUUGGCUACUACAAACCAGGGGAACAUGCUAUAGUCCUUGAAGCUGGAACCGGUUUCCAAAGAAAGAUCUUGAUUGUGGACGCCACCUCAGGAGAGAUCCUUUGGAACCUCACUCUAAACUCGUUCCCAGGGAUUCCCAAGAUAACCAGCGUAACAACGAUAGAUCAGCGUUCUGCCUUCUUCUUCUGGGACAGCAGGAACCAGACGGAAACUGGUGACUAUCGGAAAACCCUGUAUAUGUUCCACCCAAUUUUACCCUAUGUCCUUUUGGAACUUACCAAUACUACCAAAAACAUUGUGGCCUUUAAUGGUCUACCUUGGCUUUGUUCCCUCUCUACAGCCUGCUGUGAUGAUCCUAGCCAAAGAGGAUCAUCCCCAAGUGUCUCAAAGUACACUUAUUCGUGUGCAUGUCUUACUCUCAUCUAAAGAUUUUUGAAUCACAGUUUGGGAUGUUUACAGGUCUGUGUUCAUCCACUCAGCAUCUCCUGCAAAAUUGUUGAAUUGAACAGUGAACUGAUCCUGGAAUUAUUCUCCUCUGAUAAGAGACCCACAGAAGCAAGAGGAGGGAAUUUCUUAGAAGUGCUUGUGCCCCGUCACCCACUCCAGACUCUAGGAAUUCCCCUGUUACUGCCUUAAAUUCAAGUAGAGGACCUUGGAGAAGGUGUCCAGCUGGUUACCUGGAAAAGCCACCUUUCACCUCCCCAGUCACUGCUCCAGCCAGGGAGGACAAGGCCCACCUUGGCUUCUCACUCAGCUUUGCUUAUGCUUCACUUGCCACAUCUGUGAAUCCUUUUGUUCAUUCUUACAAAUUACUUUGGCUUCCUCCUGCUGAGCUUUAGGUGCUUUAUAUCCAUCAUUAUACCCAGUGCUGGAAAUAGGCCUCUGCCCCAAACCUUGCCAUUCUGCUUUUCCCUUGAGCAGAACAGGGCUCUUUAAAUGUAGGGGUAUACGCGGAACUCUACGUCUUAGUGUAGAGACUUGGAGCCGGGAGUGGAGGGGUGGGGUUCCAUGCAACUUUUCGAAGUGGGCCUUAGUCAGCUUGGGAUAGGAUCUGCUUGGUACUAAGGCUGAGGCUUCAUAUACACAACCUGAGUUAUAAACUAUAGGCUUUCUUUCUGCUAAUCACCUUCCAUGUUGUUCACAAGGGAAUUCAGGUGAAAAGGGAUAAAUGAUGAUAAUAGCUGAUAUUUAAAUAGUGCUCACCAUGUGCCAGGUACUGUCCUGAGUGCUUUGCAGUUAUCUCAUUUAAUUCCCACAAGAAUCCCAAGAGAUUGGUCCUGUUAUCAUCCCCAUUUUGCAGAUGAAAAAACUAAUGAGGCAGACAGGUUAAGUGACCUCCCAGGUCUUACAGUAAGCAUCUAAGGACUUCCUGAUUUCAAGCCCAAUUCAGAAAGCCACAAAAUGAGGUGUAAUUACUAAUGAAGGUGAGCAGUGGUAAGGAGAAUGAGAAUGAGAAUGAGGAUAGGGAUGGAAGUCGGAUUGCAAUUACAAUAGGCAACUCCAGAUGAGACAAACAUACUUUACCUUUGCCGAUCAGCACUCAUUGCAGCUUAAAGCACCAAAAGUUUCAAGUUCUUCCUAACUCUAAAGCCAACUUUUACCUUACUUUAUAAACCUUGCAGUUGUACAGGGUGAGGAGAACUGGGGUAGUAGAUAAAGUCAAGGAAACUUGGAUUUAUAACCCACCUAUGUUAACAUAGGCUAAUUACUGCUCCAAAUCUCAAGUUUCUCAUCUGGAAAACGUGGGUGAUAAAAGUCUUUGUGUGAGAUUUGUACUAUGCUUUUGCAAACUUUCUAUAUCAUUGGGUAAAUGUGAGUUAUGCAAAACUCUCAUAGAAUAUUUAUCUUCCUGUCAUGAAAAGAUAACUUCUAUCCAUGCUCAAAGGGCAAGCAGAUCUUCCUUAGAAGAAAAGGUAGUGAGCAAACUUGAAAAAAAUGCUGCAAUGAUAGGAAAGAGAGAAUGUUAGUAUUGGUUAGUGAUUCUUGCCAUUGGUCCUAGAGAAGUCUGAAACGUUGAGAACCUCCCCAAAGCUGUCAAACCCAAGGAUUGCACCACCCAAUUAACGGUGCCACCAGAAUUCAUUGCUAAGGACUACCGAGUCGAGGUUGCAAAAGUGAUAACUUGACAGGCACAAAUGUGAGUGGUCUUUUUCAUUUGUCUGCCAAUAAAUAGAAGGUAAAGCCUUCAGAAGAAAAAGGUAAGUUCUCAGCAAUACAAAAAUCCAAGACAACUCCAAAAGACUCAU